AAUAAACCUCGAUAAUCCACUUCCUAUUUUUCAGUGGCUCUGGUGCUGCUGCUGCUGCCUACCUACCCCCCACCCCCUACUGCCACAUAAUAUUCCCCUUUACCUCGCACUUUAGUUUCUGACACUUAACAUACUCUUAUUGAGGAAAACUGGUGCGUCGCGUUUGUUUUGGCUCCGACGCCGUUGACGGAGGCUCAUCACAUCUGAGAUCAGAGUUGCAGGAGUGUCUCUUAGGAAGUAGUGUAUUAUGGGGCUUAAGGCAUUAGACUAUGAGUCACUGAAUGAAAAUGUAAAGAAGGUUCAGUAUGCUGUCAGGGGGGAGUUGUAUCUUCGAGCUUCUGAACUUCAGAAGGAAGGAAAGAAGAUUAUUUUCACUAAUGUUGGUAACCCUCAUGCUCUGGGACAGAAGCCACUGAGCUUCCCUCGUCAAGUUGUUGCUCUGUGCCAAGCUCCAUUUCUGUUAGACGAUCCUAAUGUGGGGAUGCUAUUUCCUGCAGAUGCAAUUGCAAAAGCAAAACACUAUCUUACAAUGACUUCUGGUGGUCUAGGUGCUUACAGUGACUCCAGAGGUAUUCCUGGGGUAAGGAAGGAGGUGGCUGAGUUCAUUGAAAGGCGUGAUGGGUACCCUAGUGACCCAGAACUCAUAUUUCUGACUGACGGUGCUAGCAAAGGUGUGAUGCAAAUCUUGAAUUGUAUUAUUCGUGGUGAAGGGGAUGGGGUUUUGGUUCCAGUCCCACAGUAUCCUCUUUACUCAGCUACAAUAUCUUUAUUUGGUGGUUCGCUUGUUCCAUAUUACCUUGAAGAGGGUGCAAAUUGGGGCCUUGAUGUUAAUGACCUUCACCAAUCAGUUGCCCAGGCUCGCUCUAAAGGAAUAACUGUGAGAGCAAUGGUUAUCAUUAACCCUGGAAACCCUACUGGUCAGUGUCUAAGUGAAGCCAAUUUAAGAGAAAUAUUGCGCUUCUGUUUCCAAGAGAACUUAGUUUUACUUGGAGAUGAAGUUUAUCAACAGAACAUAUACCAGGAUGAACGUCCCUUUAUCAGUGCCAGAAAGGUUUUGAUGGAUAUGGGACCACCCUUGAGCAAUGAAGUCCAACUUGUUUCUUUCCACACUGUAUCUAAAGGAUAUUGGGGUGAAUGUGGCCAGCGAGGUGGAUACUUUGAGAUGACUAACAUUCCUCCAAGGACUGUUGAUGAGAUCUAUAAGAUUUCAUCAAUAUCACUCAGUCCAAAUGUUCCUGCUCAGAUAUUUAUGGGGUUAAUGGUUAACCCACCCAAACCUGGAGACAUUUCAUAUGAUCAGUUUGUUAGAGAAAGCAAAGGUAUCCUUGAAUCACUUAGAAGGAGAGCAAGGAUAAUGACUGAUGGAUUUAACAGCUGCAGAAACGUGGUUUGCAAUUUUACGGAAGGUGCUAUGUAUUCCUUUCCACAAAUACGCUUGCCACGUAAGGCCAUAGAAGCUGCCAAAAAGGCGGGAAAAGUUCCAGACGUUUUCUACUGUCUGAAGCUAUUGGAAGCUACUGGCAUUUCCACUGUCCCUGGUUCAGGAUUUGGACAGAAAGAAGGGGUGUUCCACUUAAGGACAACAAUUUUACCUGCGGAGGAAGACAUGCCUGCAAUUAUGGCUAGCUUCAAGAAAUUCAACGACGAGUUCAUGGAGCAAUAUGAAGACUAUAGGAGCUAUUCAAGGAUGUGAGAUGCAUAAAUUCCUUGGAAUUGUACUAGAUUAAUUGAUUGGCUAUCGCCAGCAAUUCCUCCAUGCUCAAACUUGAUUUCUUUUUCUCCUUGUACAAUAUAAACUUCCCCCUGUUGAAGAUUACCCCACAUACAAGUUCUUGAACCAUAGAAAUAAAGGACUUCGCUUCUG